GUCACGGUCGUCACGGUUAAUCAUUUCUCUGCUUAAUUAGUCCUUGGCCAACUGUGCGGUAGUGAACUGUGGCGUCUGUAUCCCGUCACAAAGGAGGCCGUGAGCGCCAUGAGAACCGUGAGCUUAGUGGAUUAAUGUUAUUUCCUGAAGCCGUUUAUGCGUUAUGAGCGUUAUGAUUAUGUGGUGUUAAUGUUCAACUUUAGUACGUUGUUAUGGUUGUUGGCCGAUUUGAAUCUGGUUUUCGUGAAAUUUGAAUAAUUAGUUUAUGUUUAAACAGUGUAUGUUUGACUACAUACCAAAUUUGUGUCAUAUAAAUGGGGUUAGUUGCUCGUCGAAUGGAACUUCUUGUCGGAUAGAAAGAAAGCCGGGUUAAUGGAACAACAAAUAAAGAAAUUAAAUGGUAUACAUUAUCAUUCUGGUGAAACAGUAAGACUGGAGAUUACAUUUAAUAAUUAUGUGAAUUGAAUAAAUGAUGCUUCAGAAAUGGCCAAAACUGAAAGUUGUAAUAAUGGAUGUUGAAUAUGGAACAUUAAUGGUGUAUAAGGCAUUAACUAGCAGGAAGUAGAUUAUUUUCAAAAUCAUAUGGCUUGUGAAAUAAUGAACCAGUAAUAAAAAUUGGAUCAAGCAUGUUGCCUAGUAUGCCUUUAAUUUCUACACCGUAUAAAGAACUUCAAAAUGUGUUAGAAAUGGAAAUCUCACCAGAGUCUAGAUCCCCACAUCACCGUUCAUCUUCUAUGCCACCACAGUCUCAGGAAGUUCUUACUAUAACACAAAGUUGCCUUGGUCUUGAAGUUAAUCAUGAGAAGGAAGGCCAGGGUCACAACACAUCCAAAGCUUUAGACUUGAGUGCAACAGCAAAUAUUUCUUCAAAGAAGUCAUCACCAUUAAAACAUGUUACACCAAUCCUUAAGAAAUACAACACUCAUCGCAAAGGAAAAGGAACCAAAAAGCUUUCUUUAAUUAGCAAAGGAGCCAUUAGUGAUCAGCUACAACUGCAGCAAGGUACUGAGAAACAGUUUCUGCAUCCCAUCGCACCAAGACCUGUAAAGGCCAUGCUUUCAUCAUCACAGCAAGAUCAGCAGAAUGGGAACCCACGCUUAGAUCAAGUUAUGCAGAAACAUGUGGAUGAGGAUGUGAUGGACACGAGGGAAGAUAUGCCUUGUGUGAAUGAAAUAACAAACAGAACACAAGGUGGACAUGAAGAAAAUGAAGGAACUAGUCAUGAUGAGAAGAUAUCAGAAGAGAAGGAUGUGUCAGCAGGACAGAAGGACUGUGAAGAUGAGUUGUCUUUUCUUAUGUCAGCGAGCACAACUAUACGACCAUCAAAAGGACGUACUACAAAUGUUAUGAAGAAGAAAUCGAAACAGUUGAGGGAUAUGGAAUCAACUUUAACAUUGUUAAGACCAGACAACUCUGCUGUUAAAGAGGAAAAGUCAUAUGGUUUUGCACAGGCAUACUUCUUGAAAGUGAAAGAAAGACUUGAAGGGACAGAACUGUAUCAAGAAUUCCUUAACAUUAUGAAUGAAUUUGGUACAAGUAUAUUGGAUGUUUCUGAUUUAUACAAGAAAAUAACUGCACUACUGAAACAGCACCCUGACCUCUGUGAAGAGUUUGUGGCUUUCCUUCUUCCAGAGCAAGCCAUGCAGUGUGGCAAGUUUAUGGAAUAUCUCAUGAUAACUAAAAUGAGAGAUUUCUUUCGGAAGUUAGAGAUUUACUAUGAGAAGCAGCCACAACAAAUGCAGAAAAUCUAUACAAAUCUCUCUGAGUUGAGUAAUGAAGUCAAUGUGUCAGUUGGAGAUGUCCGUAAUGCUAUUCUUCCUUUGCUAAAAGGCAACUCUCUUUUAAUUGAAAACUUCUUGGCUUUAUUGCCAUAUGAAAGACCUCCAGAGAGUCUGAUGCCAGAAUUUGAAGAAAUGGAUCUAGGAGAUGUUGAUAAUGAGCAGUUGAGUGAGGAAGAUCUAUUUGAAACACUGGUUGUACCAGACCAACAAGAUGCAUAUGGUGGUGAUAACUGCGCCUGCACCUGUCACAGCUCUCGUGAUGACAAGUAUCGCAACCGUAUUGCACAUUGCAUGUCUUGUGGCACCAGGUUUAUUCAUGGGAAAGUAUAUCUGCAGACAGGGAGAGGCCUGCGACCUGCAAAAGUUGUAUUUGAUGCUGAGGGUAACAGUGAUAGCAUCAACAGGUUAUCGGCCAAAAGUAAACCCAAAGCACGAAAUCGAAGGAGAGCACUAAGUCUUGUUGAAGCUGCAGGUGGUAGUAAGGACAAUUCUCCAGUGAAACAUACUAACCAGACUGGCGAUGCACGUAGUGAAGUGAUUGAACAUGGAGGAGUUAAUAACCCAACAUAUAAAUCAAACAUAAAGUCCUCAUCUCCAAAGCAUGUUCGUACAGCUAAAACAAAAUCUUCUGGAUCCACUCUUAAAGGACGUGAAAAAGCAAAUGUUGUGAAUACAGUUAGUACUUCUAAAGCCUUCAGUAACGAAGAGAAAGAGUCUUCAGGUGACACAGAAGAACAGAAACAGUCUGGUUCUGCUUGUUGCAACAGACUCAACUGUGAUAAGCAGAUUGUUCUCUCUACAAAACCUGUGGUAUUGCUACAUAAUAUUAGCAGUUCAUUUCAUAGUAUUUCCAUGCCUAAAACAUCAUAUAGAAACAGCAAUAGUGUACCAUCCCCUACUCUGGAUGACAGGGCAGCUACAGCUGUCACUGAUCCUGUUACUGUUAGCUCUGUUCCAAAUGCUGAAUUACAUAAUGCCAGUAACACAGUACUGCCCAUCCCUGCUGUUAGCAUGGAUGGGCCCAACCUAGUCUCUCCAGCUGUCGAUAUUAUUUCUAGUAGUCAAGAUAUGUCAUCACCUGAAGCAGCAUAUGAUGAAAGUGCUAUUUUGCCUCCAGACACAGCAGCUGUAGAUUCAAGUAUCAAAGACUUCGGCACACUAUCACAUGUUAUUCAUGGGGGGAAAGAUGCCACUUUUGACUUUGGGGAUAAAAAUCGGUUGUUGAGUAAUGUAGAAAAAUCUGGCAGUCCAACUGGUGAAACUCGUGAAUCAGUGUCUUGUGAAGAUGGUUAUAUUUCCAGAGAAGUGACCCAGAUUUUGGAACAUAGCAACUUUAGUGAUAUGGAGGUUGUUGCUUGUGAUGUAACAAUGAAUGAUGUGACCAUGUCGGAACAUGAAGAUGAGGAAUCAGCAUUAGAAAGUGUGGAGACACAGCAGGAAGAUGAAUUUGAUAGAUCACAGCAGACACAUUGUAACAGUGAUUCCACUUCAGGUUCGUGGACCAGAGAAGAAGAUAAGAUCAUACUUCAGAUGUUUCAGCUGGACUGUAGUAUGGAUCAGACUUUCAUAAAAAUCAGCGAACAGCUUCCUCUCCGCACUUUGGAUGAGAUAAGAAGCAGGUUUCAAGUUCUCAUGGCACUGUUGCAACAGAUGACUGGAGCAAAGAUGGAAGAAGAUUCGAACAGCUCUGGUCAGUAGAAAACAUACAG